AAACAUUUAUAUAUUUACUUCACACAACCCGGGGCUAUUAAUUCACCCGAAAACAAAAGCCCAUUUCUCCUCCUCUUCCUCUCUGUAAAGACUAUAUAAAGUAGACCAGAGCGACCAAAUCUAGCCAGCACGAAUUUCAAAGAGACCACCCCCCGCCAAUGCGGAGAUGACGCAGAGCGGCGGCGCCGAUUCCGCAGAACCCGGCAGCAAAGCGAUGUCGCCGCCGAGUUCUGGUGCGGCGACGAGUCCUGGUGCGCCGACGAAGCGGGGGCGCGGCGCGGGGAGCACGCGGCACCCGUCGUACCGGGGCGUCCGCAUGCGGGCGUGGGGGAAGUGGGUGUCGGAGAUCCGGGAGCCGCGGAAGAAGACGCGCAUUUGGCUCGGCACCUUCCCCACCCCGGAGAUGGCCGCGCGCGCCCACGACGCCGCCGCCCUCUGCGUCAAGGGCCCCGCCGCCGCCCUCAACUUCCCCGAGCUCGCCGCCGCCCUCCCCCGCCCCGCCACCCUCGCCCCGCGCGACGUCCAGGCCGCCGCCGCCCUGGCCGCCGCCAUGGAGGAGCCCGGGUUUGCGUCGGAUCAGCUGUGGGCCGUGCCGGACGGGUGCGUCCCUACCAUCGACGUACCUUUUUUAAUUUCUNCCGCCCGCGCCGCCGCCAUGGACCCCGGCCUCCUCCUUGCCCCCAACCCCAACGCCCCCGCCGCCGCCGCCGCCGACGACGACGACCUCCUCGGCGAGAUCGUCGAGCUGCCGCGCCUCGACCCGGCCGAGUUCGCGCUCGACGCCUCCGUCGACUGGUGGGCGGUGUCGGCGACGUCGAUGGUGUGGCCGGAGGAGUCCGCCGCCGAUCUCGCAUUCGUUUCCGACGACCGCUUGUGGGCAUGGGAAACGUGA